AUGAGGAUCGUAAAUUCAAAAGAACUCGGCAAUUUGGUGAUGUGGCGGCCGCUCAUGCUUCUCGACAAGACACUUUUAGGACCCGCCUACGUCGAAAGUGUCGUUUCGCGCUCGCCUGCACUUAUCGCCUCCCAAGCAGGCAAAAGACUACCACUUGAGCUCUGGGACAUUAUUAUCAACUUCGCUAAACGUUAUACCAAGGAUCACCGUUUUUCCCUCGUACAACCCAUUAGGCUACAGACAAGCGUGCGAGGCGAUGAACUUGUCUGCAGCAAGUUUCAACGCUGGUCACCCUUUGGUAACAUCCAGAAAUCUGAGGAAAUCGAAAUCUAUCGAUUCUACUUGGCCCAUCCCGACAAAUUAUCCCGACCUGGCAUGCAUUCAUCCUGCCCUAACCCCUUCGGUGAUCCAUUGACCCGCGAGUUCGGCUCACUCUGCACGUUCCCCACGGCCUUGCUCGAGACGGCCAAGUUUCUCCAUGUGGAGCUCACGGUUCGAGAUAUCAUCAGGUACCUGGAAGACGGGGACUGCAAGAUCUGCUCUGGAACGCGCGUGACCGGAUCCGACAUUGUCUCGGGGUUUGUGCCCCAAAAUAAGGAGUAUUCGCAGUUCCUUGGCGGAAUCCCACCGUCUGCGGCUGAACCUUUGAUAUGCCCGCUCUGCGUCGGACUGAAUCAUACCUGGCAAAGCAUCAAUACACGAAGCCGAUUUGUGCCGCCCAUGUCUAGGGAGGAUUAUCGAUCGUGGCUGGUUAAACGACUCGAAAGCUUUUUCACAAGACCACGUUAG